UGUCACUGGAUUACAGAGCUUUACAUUCUUGCAACAUUGCAGAAAUUCAGAAAGAUGUGGAAUAUCGACUGCCAUUCACUGUAAACAACUUGACAAUUAAUAUUAACAUCUUGCUUCCACCUCAGUUUCCUCAGGAAAAACCAGUCAUCAGUGUUUUCCCACCUGUGAGACAUCAUUUAAUGGACAAGCAGGGAGUAUAUGUGACCGGUCCAUUAAUAAGUAAUUUUACAAUGCACUCAGAUCUUGGAAAAAUUAUUCAAAGUUUACUGGACGAGUUUUGGAAGAAUCCUCCAGUUCUGGCUCCUAGCUCAACAUCAUUUCCAUACCUUUUCAACAAACCAGCUGGAAUGCCUUCUUAUGCUCCUCAGGGGUUUCCAUUUCUUCCUCCAUACCCACCUCAAGAAACAAACAGAACAAUGGCAGCCGUGCCUGUUGCUGAAUCAGUUUCUACAAGCUACACUACAGACAAGCCUGCUGCUCCCUCUUACGGCUUGAUUGCUGAUCUGCCACUACCUGUUCCGACAGCAGAAGCAGCGCUUCAGGUUGGCCAGAAUGGAUUUACUUACAAGAUGCCUGAUGUUCCUGAUACAUUUCCAGAACUCUCAGAACUAAGUAUAUCGCAGCUGACCAAUAUGAAUGAGCAAGAGGAAGUGUUACUGGAACAGUUUGUGACUCUACCACAACUGAAGCAAGUCAUUACUGAUAGAGAUGAGUUAGUGAAAAGCAUUGAAGAGUUGGCAAAAAAAAACUUGUUGCUGGAGCCUAGUCUCGAGGCAAAAAGACAGACGGUGUUGGAUAAAUAUGAGCAACUCACACAGAUGAAAGCAGCCUUUGAAAAAAAGAUGCAAAGACAGCAUGAACUUAGUGAGAGUUGUAGUCCAAGUGCUCUGCAAGCCAGACUUAAAGUAGCUGCUCAUGAAGCUGAAGAGGAAUCUGACACUAUUGCAGAAGACUUCUUGGAAGGCAAAACAGAAAUAGAUGACUUUCUUAGUAGUUUUAUGGAAAAGAGAACGCUCUGCCACUGUAGACGAGCCAAAGAGGAAAAACUUCAACAGGCAAUAGCAAUGCACAGCCAAUUUCAUGCUCCGCUAUAGACUUCCUGCAAACUACACCUGCCAAGAGAAUGAGUGAAAAACCCAAUAAAGCACACUUUUAAAUAACUAUUAUUUGCAAAUAAGCAUUUCAUCUUAUGUGGUUGUAUUUAUAGAAGAGAUUGUAUACAGAGUUGGGAUGGUUUUUGUACAAAUUCGAAUGUUUCUUUAUAUUCUCAUUAUAUUCUCAUUGUACUCAAGAAUCCUUCUAUUGCAAUCUUUGCACUAAUUUCUUGUAUUUAUUGUUGAUAGUUCUUAUUAUAUUAAGUUCCUGCUGCUAUAUUUCAUUCUUCAGAGAUUAAAUAUCUAAACAUGUAA